AACAGAGGGCGGAGGCUGCAGACUGUGGAAGUAGGCUUUAUUUCCGCCUCUUCCACCCCAAACCGAUCGAUUGUAUUCAAUUCUCUAGUUUUAUUUUGUGUAUAUUUAAAACGUGCUUCUUGAAUGUUACUUUUAAGUACACCCGGACGAUGGUCGCCUUGUUCGGGGCCACAUUAUUCGCUUGUUAUGACCCACACUUGAAGUUUCUCCGUACGAAAACUGGUUCCUUUUGUUUCCUCGGGUGGACUGAAAACGGAAAAGCAGAGAUGCCGAACUGAUGGCUUUGAGCGAAGCGGAGAAACAGAACGCACAUUCCGCUUUGCUUUGGGGAAGAGGUAGCUGUGCCUGCCUGGCAAACUGGCCUUCCUUGGAGGUGCCAUGAAAUGUCUUGGAUUCUUAGAUGGCGAGCGGCUUGCCUUCCUCCUCAAUGAAGCAGUUGCUAAGGAGGCUAGGCUUUGGAAAGUGCCUCUUUUCAAGACCUGCAACAAUCGGGGCACAACUAUCACUCCAUUGCAACGUGAAAAUGUAGUUCUGUGGCUCAGGGACUUGUGCUCAAAGUUUGGUUAUUACUCUGAGACAUUUUUUUUUGCCGUUAGUAUUCUUGACCGACUCUUGGCAUCUGUCAAGGCACAACCAAAGUAUCUACGUUGCAUUGCCAUUUCCAGCUUGUUCGUUGCAGCCAAAAUCAGUGAGGAAGAUGAGGUCACACUUUUGGUAAAGGACCUCGCAGUGAAGAGUGAUAGUGGCUGUUCUGCAAGUGAAAUUCUGAGGAUGGAGAAAAUCAUACUGGACAAGCUGCAAUGGGACCUUUACACUGCUACACCUGCAGACUUUGUGAACAUAUUCCACGCCAUGGUGAUGUCCAGCCGGCCCCAUCUCUUCGACCAAUGGCCUCAGAUGAAGCCCUCUCUCCACGCCGCACUCUUGACCAGGCAGUUACAGCACUGCAUGGCUUGCCACCAGUUACUACAGUUCAGAGGUUCCACGCUUGCCUUAGCGAUCAUCAGCUUGGAAGUAGAAAGAUUAAUUCCUGAUUGGUUCAUUGUGACAACUGAUCUGCUAAAAAAAGCACAGAUUCACAGCAUGGACUUUGUCUACUGUAAAAAUAUUUUGGCAAAUCAUGUAUUGUCUCAAACAGCCAUUUCUGCUUCCAAUAUUGUUUACGUAUUUGAUCCUGUGAAUUCAGACCUUGUGAGGCACCAAAGGGGAAGGAUGCUUUGCACUCAUUCUCAGCAGUAUGACCCACACUCUCAAUCACCCACUAGAGGAGAGCUGCGGCCAGGUCAGGCAGCCACAAUCCACAACAGAGUGGCUUCAGUGAUAACAAAUGAGCAAGUUGCAGUGGAAAUCAGUGGCAAAGGUAUUGACUUGGGUCCAGCUGCACAACAGUUAGCAGAAAACCUUUCUCCUUGCCCACCACUACAACCUAUCAAGGAUGUGUAAGAAUUCCAAGUAGGAGGAGUUAAACAAGUUAAAAUGAAUAAAAGCAAAAGUUGCAUUAGAACUAGAUAUGUGACCAAGUUAAACAUAAUUAAGAUCCUAUUUACGUCUAGAUGAGUAAUUUCAGGUUUAAAUGCAAGGGUAAAUUGAAUACCCUAGUCAAGAAGCUAUGUUAAAUAGGGAGUAUUGCGUCUCAAAUUUGAUAAAAAUAUCUUUUCACGUUACCACUGGUCCACAAUAACAAAAUACCACCUCCCUCCAGUAUGAAAAUAUUGUAAUUGCAUAGUUUCUUCUUUCCAAACUCACUCAGUCAAGUUUGUAUUUCUUACCCUGACCUCUUUCUCAUGCAAUGACUGGUGCUUGAAAACUUAUUGCAGGGAUACAGCCAACUAUUAGUAUGUGCUUCUCUCAAAGACAUGACCACUGUGUUGAAGCCUACAUGGUGUUUGGUGUUAAAUUAUUAGGCUGGAUUUUAUUUGCCCUGUCUGGUAGUGUUGUCAGAGGGGAGUCUAAAAUAGGUUAGGUGGCUAUCCCACACCUACUGACUCACACUAAGCUCACAAUCAUAUGGCGUGAGUGUUCUGAAAUUAGCAUCUUUUAAAUGAAAAAUUUAUUAGCAAGCCUAGUGACCUGAAUAAUGUGCCCAUCCAUACUAAAAUAUGCUUGGCGUGAGUAGUCAGCUAGGAGCAGGCAGGUUGUUUAGCCUACUUUUGGUUGAAGUGGAAAGGAAAGAUGGGAAGCCUCAAUUGGGGGCAUUUCCUAUGUGCAUUAGGGCCACUCUCCACUUCCUUCCUUGCCCCCGCACCUAACAGAACUCAGCUGUUCACAUGUUCUUUCCCAAACUUUUCUAGGUUCUAGGAUCCCCCUCUGCCCUAAAAUCCUGGGAUGUACCUUCUUGGGUACUUUCUGCAUUCGUGCCAGUGCCCACUAUCAAGCUCUGGUGCAGUCAGGAGUGAGUGAGUUGCCAGCCAUUCAGACUAACACUCCUAGGGGAGGGGCAAGACCAGUUUGGGUCACCUAUGCCAUUUUAUGUCUGUAGGGAGGACUUGCAGAGAGUGUCAGCUUCUAUCUGAUUUUCUUUCUCAGGAAGCCUGGCCUGCCCUUGCCUUAUUCUCCCCAUUUGCCUUUCAGAAUUUCUUGACCAGCAGCUUUUAUCAUUUUCCUCCCAUAGUGUUUGUCCUUUUCAUGAGAACUUUACAUUAAUUGGUGUACUCCAGGGUGGAGGAGGCAUGUGGGUUUUAUUGUUGCCAAAGUACUUAAAGUCCAUGAGUGUGUUAUUUGCAUCCUGCCAAGACAGACCAUGUUGUUUCUGCAUUUCACAGAUACGUAAUGCAUGUACUUUAACAUUGCAAUUAAGAGUUUCCAAAUUCCUAGGGGAUGUAUUGGCCUAGUGGUAUUAUUGCUAGGCUUUUAAUCCAGAAACUCAGCCAAUGUUCUAGAGACUUGAGUGGAACUGAAUUCAGUUUAACAAAAAAUAAAGUUAGAAUUAAGAAUCUGCUGAUGACUAUGAAACCAUUGCUGAUUAGUGAGCCAAUAGGCUUUUCCAACAAUGUCCUUGAAGGAAGGAAAUCUGCCAUGCUCACCUGGUCUGGCCUACAUGUGAGUCUAGAGCCACAACAGUGGGGUUUAAUCUCAACUGCCCUCUGACAUGAGAUAGUAGGAACUGCAGAUGCUGGAGAAUCUGAGAUAACAAGGUGUAGAGCUGGAUGAACACAGCAGGCCAAGCAGCAUCAGAGGAGCAGGAAGGCUGACUUUUCGGGCCUAGACACUUCUUCGGAAAAUUCUGAAGAAGGGUCUAGGCCCAAAACUUCAGCCUUCCUGCACCUCUGAUGCUGCUUGGCCUGCUGUGUAGAUCCAGCUCUACACCUUGUUUUCUCUGCCCUCUGAAACGGCCUGGCAAGCCACUCAGUUCAAGGGUAGCUAGGACUGGGUAAUGAAUGUGUCUAGCUAGUGAUGCCCACAUUCCACGAGUAAAUAAAUUUUGGGCAAAGUGAUUCAGGCAUAAAUUGCAUGAGUUUUGAGCAAUCAUGUUUUUUUGAACUCCGCGUUCCGCUCAGAACAACUUAAUAGGAGCCUAAAUUCGGCAGUGAACUAGGACAAUUGGUCAACCUUUUGGAACCUAAUGCUUUUAAAGUCAUUUGCAUGAUAAAAUACUCAUUGAUGUUACAACCUGGUGCAGUUGUAUUCAUUCAGCAGUAAAUUUGAAAGAUGAAGGAUUUAAAAAUCUUUGUCCUUGCUCUAAUAAAGAAUUAUUUGAAGAGUUUCAAA